AAAAAAAAAUAUAGGUUAUAGUUUUUUUCUAAUCAACCAUUUGUUAUUGUUGCGUGUUUGUUUGUCUCUCUCAUCUCGCUCACCUAAAUUCGCAAAAAUAUUCUGAACAAUAUUGAACAGAAAACCAAGAAACCCACUUUUUAUUUCUUCUUCGAAAGAUCAGAAAUAUAUUUUAUUUUGUCAAAUUUCGUUGAAGAAGCUUUGAAAUUAGAGGAAGAAAUUUCAUUUGAUCUGCACGUUUCUGGACCUGUGUUGAAUCGAAUUGAUUAUAUCGAAUCUGAGUUAAUUGAUUCUAUUUCGUAGCUGGGAGCAGAUUUGAGAAGAAGAAGAAAGGAACCACAAUGAGCUCUGAGCAAAACAACAGCACAAGCUUCCCACCAACUGAGCCAAAACUCUGCGACAACGGAUGCGGUUUCUUCGGGUCACCUUCCAACAUGAACCUCUGUUCCAAAUGCUACAGAAGUCUCCGAGCCGAGGAAGAUCAAACCGCCGUAGCAAAAGCUGCUGUCAAGAACUCACUUAAGCUUCCAUCUUGCAGUCUCAUUAUCACACCAGAGCAAAAACAGCCUCUUGAAACCAAACCAGCCUCUGUUGUUGUAACCGCUGAGCCGUCUUCAGUUCCUAUAGCCACGGGACAGGAGGAGGCAGAGCCGUCGAAACCUGCGCGGACGAACAGGUGUUUCAGCUGUAACAAGAAGGUUGGAGUUAUGGGGUUUAAGUGCAGAUGCGGUAGCACGUUUUGCGGGAGCCAUAGGUACCCGGAGAAGCACGAGUGUAGCUUCGAUUUCAAAGAAGUUGGACGUGAUGCAAUCGCAAAGGCCAAUCCUGUGAUCAAGGCGGAUAAAGUCGAAAGGAUAUGAAAAAUAUCAAACCUUUUCUUUUUAUAAAGUAAUUUGUGGUUUCUAUUUUCUCUGCAUUUGAUCAACUUCUUCUUUGGAUGUCGAUGUGAUGUGAUCAUGUUGGAUGUUGGAUGUUGGAUGUUGGAUGUUGGGUUUCUAUGAAUCAUAAUGAAAAUUGCUGCUCUUGGUUUUA